GACGUCACGCAUGCAAAGCCGGAGCUCUUCUUGCACGACUGGAUCAGUUCACUACGGCUCGGCUGUGACGGUCUCUCACUCUCUAUGCACACUGUGUGUGUGUGUGUGUGUGUGAGAGUGUGUGUGUGUGUGUGUGCAAAGGAGGGGAACACUGCACGGAGCUGCAGGGAAUAACAUUUUGGAUUUGGAUACCAGACUGGAAAGAAGCAAGCCCGGGCUCUGCCUUCUCCUCGCCGGGCACACAUCGUCGUCUCCCCGUCACCUGACGUCGGACUGCGGCGAGAAUGGAGCUCCCAGCCGCCGGGGAACACGUCUUUGCGGUGGAGGGCAUCGAAAAGAAGCGCAUUCGCAAGGGGAAGAUCGAGUACCUGGUCAAGUGGCGGGGAUGGUCGCCGAAGUACAACACAUGGGAGCCGGAGGAAAACAUCCUUGACCCCCGCCUCUUGCUUGCAUUUCAACACAGGGAGAGGCAGGAGCAACUGAUGGGAUAUCGCAAACGUGGGCCAAAACCCAAACAUCUUCUACUGCAGGUCCCCUCAUUUGCCCGGAGAUCGAGCAUACCUGCAGGUUUUGAGGACACCUCUCCAGAUGUAGAAGACAUCCCAAAGUCCGAUCACAUCCAGGUGCAGCGUCCCCAGCCCCAGCAAUACCAGCUGAACAGCAAGAAGCACCACCAGUACCAGCCCAGCAGCCAGGAGGUCCCCGCAGACCAGCUCACCAACAGCAAGAAGAAGUACAUCUAUCAGCUAAACAGCAAAAAACACCACCACUACGAGCCUGACCCUAAUAUGUAUGACACCCAGGCUUCGAGGCUGAAAAAGGUGGUCAAAGUUCAAGAAGCAGGCAAUAAACCUGCCAACCCGGGCUGGAACCUGCCUCUAGCACUGCAGCAGAAAUGGGUCCGGGACAAAGACACAGGCUGCUUGAGUAAAGUCAAAGAGCUGGCAGUGGAGGUCAGGAAACCUGUUCCCAAAGAGGGCGUAAGUGAACAUGCCCUCAAGCCCGAUCCUAAGGACGCAACCCUGCCCAGUUCUGUCAGCAGCAAAAUGAAGAUAAUCAAGAAUAAAAACAAGAAUGGACGUAUUGUUAUUGUCAUGAGCAAGUACAUGGACAGUCAUAAGGUGCAUGGAGCCAAGGGCAAACACGGGGAAUCCUCUAACGGGGAGAAAAUCCAAAGUGGGGGCGAGAAUAACGAAGGACACAGAACCAAAAUAGUGGAGAAUGGUAUUCCCAAAGAGAUUUGUGGUAGCAGUUCCCUCCCUGCUGCAGAUCACCCCCAAAAGUGUUCCCCAAAGGACCGACACUUCUUUAAACCAUCACCAAGCACGGCAGAGGAAUACAACACAGAAGUGGCGCGGGGUCAAGCGGACUUACCAGACGACCUACCCCUACAACUGACCGCCAGCUCACCCUCCACAUCUUGGCCGGCCGACGCCAACAUCCCCACCCCUACAAUUAUGGACCACAUCAAGAUUCCAUCCUAUUCCAGCAGCCGGAAGAGGAAACUCUCGAACCCUGUGGAUGAGAGGACUGUUUCCAAGAGCUGCCUGACUUCCAGAAGCCUCAGUGUUCCCAGCGCCGGGGUCGAUCCACCUCAGGAGAAACCCAUGGACCUUCACUGUAGUGGACGUAGCAGCACAUAUGCAUACGAUGCAAUGGACUGUGGUGACCAAGAGGAGCCCAUAGACCUGAGCUGCCCAAAGACUAAGAGGCUGACUGAGCCGGAAACCCAACCUGAACUUUUAACACAAACUGAGCCCCAACCUGAACUUGUAAAACAACCUGAGCUCCAAUCUGAACUUGUAAAACAACCUGAGCUCCAACCUGAACUUGUAAAACAACCUGAGCCCCAACCAGAACUGGUAAAACAACCUGAGCUCCAACCUGAACUUGUAAAACAACCUGAACCCCAACCUGAACUUGUAAAACAACCUGAGCCCCAACCUGAACUUGUAAAACAACCUGAGCUCCAACCUGAACUGGUAAAACAACCUGAGCUCCAACCUGAACUUCAAAAACAACCUGAGCCCCAACUUGAACUGGUAAAAGAACCUGAGCUCCAACCAGAACUGGUGAAACAACCUGAGCCCCAACUUGAACUGGUAAAACAACCUGAGCUCCAACCUGAACUUGUAAAACAACCUGAGCCCCAACUUGAACUGGUAAAAGAACCUCAGCCCCAACUUGAACUGGUAAAACAACCUGAGCUCCAGCCUGAACUUCAAAAACAACCUGAACUCCAACCUGAACUUGUGAAACAACCCGAGCCCCAACCUGAACUUCAAGCCCGACCUGUUGACAAGGACGUACCGGAGGACACACAGAAGUCCUCUAAAGCAGGACCAGCUGAAAAGAUCCGUCCUUUUAUGGGAAACAUCAUCAUUACAGACAUCACCACAAACAGUCUGACUGUCACCUUCAAGGAAUAUGUUUCUUUCUAAGGACGUCUUUGGAAGCUCCUGACCCUGUUCAUAUGUGCAUACUGUAAAAACAUGGAGAUUUUUGUACAUAGGCAAAUUUCUAAUUUAUCAUUCAAAUUCAAUAUGUUUCUUACGAUGUUUUAUACUGUAAUACUCCUGAAACGAAGCCCAAGCCAGAGCCCUCGAGGAUUUGAGUGACUACAUUCAAGAAUCAGUUGAUUUGCUGUUUACUACCUGUACCAAACUUGUAAUCUUAAAAUGUAUGGAGGUUUAGAGGUAUUUUGUACUGAUUAUUUGGAGUCCUGCUGCGCGGUAGAGGGAAGAACUUGUCGGGUCGAUAGCGAUCAAAGAUCAAAGCGAAAGCACUUAAUUACAUUAUCAUUCGCCGAUUGUCAUUUGCUUUCAAUUAGGAGUGGACAAACUGACGCUCUUUUUAAAAGUCUUUUUUCAUCAAUUGUCGCUUAACUUAGUUAUAAUGAUUAAUUAGGUCAUUGUUAAGAAUUAGAGCGCACUACUGACUGUAACAUAGGUUCUGUUGAUUCCCCCAGCGAUUAAUAGAGUUCUUUCUAUUCUAUAUUAUUCUAUGGUUCAGUGUAGCUCCGGUUGUGAAACAAAUAGGUCAUUGUGUAAGCUAACUCUUCUACUGGUGAACUCUGCACACAAAACACGAACUCCAAGUGUGUUGCCGGUGCUAUUAUUUCUCUGACAUCACCCCCCAUGGUGGUAUUGUUAUUACAUGUGGUGCACUUAUUAAAUAGACGGAAGUCGGAUGGACUUAAAAUGUUACUAUUAGCUCAAAGCACUCUACAAAACUUCCACUGUAACUUUAGGGUGUCUUAACCUACUCACCAUUAAAUAUGUUCUGCACCUCUACGGGUCUGACAAGGACGUGUGUAAAAUUUGAACAAGAUUAGUCGAAAUACAAGCACAACGUAUCUGCCGGAGCAAUUUUCUGGCCGUAAUUCAUUGAUCAUUCCUUUAAUGCAUACUUGCCAACCUUGAAACCUCCGAUUUCGGGGGGUGGGGGGGCGUGGUUAAGAGGGGAGGAGUAUAUUUACAUCUACAAUUCACCAACUCGAGUAUUUCAUAUUUAUACACACACAUAUAUAUAUAAAUAUAUAUGUAUGAAAUACUUGACUUUCAGUGAAUUCUAGCUAUAUAUAUUUAUUUGAUCAUAUAUAUAAAUAAAAUAAAUAGUUGAAUUUCAGACGGCACCUAUCAAAUACUCAGUAAUACGAACACAGUUGUUCUACUAACUGUACUGUGCUUGCUGGUUACUAAAAAAAAAAAAAAACAACACUUACCUUUCACUAUUUGAGUAACCUUUGUUCUGCCAUUUGCGUACUGGCGAGAGUCACUUGCCAUCAGGUGCGCAACCCCAUAACGCUAUAGCCAACAUUCACCAGGAGAUGGCGACAGACAACAUAGAAUCACUCUAUUACAGACGGUGUCGCCAUGGCUGUAACUUCCUCGUUCUUCUGCUUAGUCUCCUUGUGUGAGCAGUUUUUUAUUAAAAUCCGUGACUGAGCAGGCAAGCUGUUUAUAUAGUGGGAAAGCGGACGUGAAAACAGGCCGCGUGGAGAUGGAGGGGGCUUGGCCUCCAGCUCCACUGAAUUUCGGGAGAAAAUUUCUUCCGGGAAAAUUUCGGGAGUCUCCCAGAAAGUCCGGGAGGGUUGGCAAGUAUGCUUUAAUGACUAUACAACUUUGAGAAUGCUAGCAUCUUCCAAAGCUCUUUUAAUGAUUUCUCCGCCUGAUCAAUACACAACUGGCCUUAAAAGAGAAGUUCAGAACACCCAGAGAGAUUCUGCCACCACGUUAAAUAUCGCUGUUUAAAAAAUUGUCCUUACUAAUUAGCCAUUGUUGUUAGUGUAGUCCGUCAGAGACGCCAUCCUUCGAAUAAAUGAUGGCUUGGUAUUGUUCAUCUCAGUUUACCGCUCCAAGCUUACUAGUUUUAAUAUUGUUACGUGAUCUGACGAAGGCAUGUGACUGCUUCUUGCUAAUUACCUAUGAUAUGUGACUCCUCAAAGCUUGAUAUAGACAAUAGUUUACAGUGAGCACGGGCUGUUAAUGUUAUUUUGAUGCUGCUUAGAAUGCUGAUGUUGAAUCUGUUGGAUGUACAGUCACAAUCACCUUGUACGCACAUGGAAUGCAAAGACCAGUAUGAGAAUGCUAAAAUCCUACGAGAAUGAAACGGGAGAGUGCAUAUUUAUUUGUUGUAGAAAAAAACCCUGCAAUUGAUUUUUUUAUUUUAUUUUUAUUUUUUUUGCUUUAAUUUGUUGCUCUUGCACUCAGUUGAGUAGAUUGUCAUGAAGUUGGUGAGGAAGAUUGUCAUGAAGUUGGUGAGGAAGAUUGUCAUGAAGUUGGUGAGGAGUGUUUGUUGGCUCACUGCAGUCGGCACAUUUUCACAAUAAAGAAAGAGAAGUUCUUA